AUGUUAGGAACUUUACCAACUAAAUACUUAAAAUGGGUGUCAAAAACACUAAGAGCUAGAGAUUUUGAAGAGUGGGCACAACUGGCUGAUCAAGUAUUAGUAGACCCUUCUUAUAAAGAUCGAAUUGAGUGGGAAUUAAUUGACGUUUUAUUAAAUGGGAAUGAAAUUUCAUCAGGAAAGAAUGUAAAGAGCCAUGUUUCUGAUUUGUUGGAGAUCAGUGAAAGAUUCGGUUGGGAUAAUGAUGAUAAGAUUGGUUGGAUUAUGAUUAACUUUGAGUUGCUUGGUACUUCUAAAACUGGAAGAAUACCCAGAAAAGCCAUUUCUUCUUCUGAUGAUGAUGAAGAUUCAAAGGGUUUUAGGGAGAAGAUAUUUGGGGGUUUGAGUGACAACAAAGGGUCUUCUGGGGCUAUAGCUGAGGAAAUGAUGAUGGGUUAUGGCAGUAGUAAUGUUGGUGGAGGUAGUAGAGAAGAGAGGAGAGAAAAACAGAGAUUAAAAAGAGUGUUAGAAUUGCGGAAAGUGAAGUUGGAUUUUGUUGCAAAAAACAAGAAAAAAGAGAUUGAUCAGCAUCAACAGAAGCAUCAGCAUCGUAUUGAUCGAGAUAACGAUGAUGAUCUAAUGGCGGCGGUGGAGAAACCUGCGUCUAGUCCAUUUCCAGGGCGUGAGAAUUUACUAAAGAAAGUGUUAAAUAGACAGAAAAUUCUGUAG